AUGUCAGACAAGGACCCGUUCAAGGACCUGGUCUUCAACGGUGCUCCAUCGGAGUAUCGGCUGUUCAGGCGGAAGAUCCUCCUGAGUGUGGCUUCUCUGGAAGAGAAGCAUGUAUACUUGGCUGGCCCGCGGAUCUUGAACCGCUUGACGGGGGAAGCUUGGCGAGCGACUGAGCACCUCGCCAUUGGCGACCUUAGGUCUGAGAAGGGCUGGUUGAGAGUUCUGCAGGCUCUGGACGAGCACUACCGCUAUUUGCCGGAGACCGAGCUGAACGAGUGUGUGGACGAGUUUCUCUUCCAUUUGAAACGGAAGGGCCACGAGGGGCCCACAGCUUUCGUUUCGCGUUUCAAGGCGGUUCUCAGCCGGCUUGAGACUUUGGUGGCUGCGGAGAAGGCACAGCAAAAGGGAUCGACUAAGAGAAGGAGAUCGUCGAAGCGGACACCGAGUCCGGAUGGAGAGCCUUCUACGAGCAGCUUGAGCUCAGAUCAUGCUGAGGAUGAGGAGCCGGUCCUAACCAAGGACCGGGUGGAAGCGGCGGCAGCGGCCGCUGAGACUCCUUCGGGUGCUCGUGCACCAGCUGAGCCGGCCAGUGUUUCCAAGGGCCCGCGCACGGUCGGCAGCUUCGUGGAGUCUCCUAAGAAAAAGCCCCCUUCAGCAGGCGGCUCUCAGAAGAGCCGCGGGACACAGAAGGCCGAUGAUGAACGAGCCAACCGACAGAUGAUGGAAGACUUGGGGAAGCUGGAGGUCGGGCAUCUCCGGGUGAAGCCCAUCUUCCCAGAAGUGAUCCUGGGACAUCUGUUCAUGAGGAAGUACGGGCUGAAUCGGGAACAGAGAAGCCAGGUGAUCCGUUCGACCGGUGGCUCGUGCCGGUUCAGGGACGUGGAGAAGGUGAUCCGUGCCUCCGACUACGAGGACAAGUUCCACGACCCGAGCUCCCGAGUUCAGUCGUCUCGGUCGACAAGCGGGGCUAAUGUCCUUGCUGCCGAAGAGGGCAGCAGCCUGAGUGAGCCCACCUACUCGGACGAGGAUGAGGUCAACGAGGCGGCUACAGGCGACGAGGAGAACGACGAUGAUGAGGACCUCGAGGAGGCCUAUGAGAUCCAGAAGAAGGCGAAGAACGAUGCAAAGCGCGCCUUCCGGAGCUACAAGGAUAGCCGGCGACGAGUGAAAGAAAUCCGGAAGGACAGGCAACCCUACAUGCCUGUGGUGGCGAUCCCGCCUUCCUCAUCAAACGCGGUUCCCCCCGACGCCUUGCCGGUGCAACCUACGUUCCGGUAUGACCGGAAGCCGUCCCGACGGACAAAUGACAAGGGGAAAGGCGGCCGCAAGGGCCGCAAGGAGGACGUGAGUCUCGUGCAGGCCUCGUUGGUGACCGAGUUUUCUUACAUGGUCUCGGCCGAGGACGCUGCUCCAGAGGAUGACCAGGAGAUCUUUGCCGUCUCCGUGCCGCCUGGCUUGGCUGUGAUAGACACGGGGUGCACCACCUCGGUGAUCGGGAGGCGCACAGCUGAUCGCUACAUCGAGUUCUUCAAGGCAAGGAACAUCCCCGAGCCGACUCUGGUCACCCUGCCUCCUGUCCAGCUGAAGGGCUUCAAUGGGAUGCGCUCCUCCUCAGAUCGUGGCCUCAAGUGGACAGUCAAGCUUGGAAGUUUGUGGGGCCAGGUCACGACUUACCUGGUGGAGGGCGAGGCUCCUUUUCUCCUGAGCCGCAAGGUCCUGCAGAGCAUGGAGGCCACGAUCGACCUCGGCAAGUGCACUCUGUCGAGCGAAAAACACGGACUCAAGAAUGAGCCCUUGGCCCAGGCGAGCAAUGGCCAUCUCCUGAUGCCCCUAGUCCCAACCGAGGACUACGAGGACCUGCUCCAAGUGCAGCUGGCAGAGACCCCUGUAGACAAGGCGGCCGGUGUAGAUAAGCGCAAGCACUUCCAAACCAUAAUGAAACACACCCGAUAUACCCAAGUGGAUACAGGUACCUAUCGGUAUGAACUUCGGAUGGUCUUUGGUCAGGAUGUGGACUUUGCUCUGUGUGCCUACAGGAGGGCGGUGUUCGACCGGCCUGGAGCAUGCCUCUUUGCGUACCGAUACGCAACGGCCCAGGAGCAGGCCGUGUUCGCCGGUCCUGCAAGCCUGUCUCACCACUGCGAGCGUGGCCGUGGUCUGGCUAGCAUCAGGUUAGGAGUUAGCUUCGGUCAGGAUUUCAACAAGGCGAAGGUUAGCUUGGCCAAAGGUGGAGAGGCUGCAAGGUCUGUGCUAGCCCGACGCAAGAAGGUAGUGUCCGCCCUGCAAUCGUGCCACUGCCCGGGGCACCAGUCCCAUGCACACGUGUCAGAAAAGCCCCGGGAUCAUGGGGGGCGAUAUCCACCGAAGUUCUGCAAGAAGCUGGUGCGUGCACUGGCCAGUAGGGACAAAGAGGUUCUUCCAGAGCACGACAUCUUCAUGCAGACAGACGAUGAAGCAGACUCCGAGAGAGAGUCUGACCAAGAGGGCGACCCAGAUGAGGAACCGAGGCUGCAAGCCGCCAACCGCAGAUCAUAUGCGGCUAUGAUCCAAAAGCUGCAUGUCAAUACUGGCCAUGCUUCGGUUCCCCAGAUGCUGCGUCUUGCUCAGCGUGCCAAGGCACCGGCCGAUCUGAUUGCGGAAAUUCGGAAGUUCAAGCGCUCUGUGUGUGAAGAACUCCAGGUUCCUCCGACUCAUAGAGUAGCAGCCCUACGGCAUACAGAGACCCCGAACCACAUCGUAGGCCUUGAUCUUGUGCAAGUAGAGCUUAAGAAAGAAGGACCCCGUGGACCCAUCGAAACCAAAUACAAUGUCCUUACUGCAGUCGACUAUGCCUCCGAUUUCGCACAGCAGAUCGUCCUGCCAGCUGGUCCGGGAGUUGUGGCUAAGGCUUUCCAUGCCAUGUGGUGUAGGCCCUAUGGACCCCCGAGAGUGGUGUAUGUUGAUCCGGAUCAAAGGUGGGUGUCAGGUGAGUUUCAGGAGUACCUUCGUAGUAAUUCCAUCACCUUGCUAGACAGUGCAACCGAGUCACACUGGCAACUUGGCCGAGUUGAAAUUGCACAACGAAUCCUCCGGAACAUGGCAUUGCGUGUCUGGCGCACGACAGAUCGCCCUGCCGAGGAAGUCAUCGAGAACUGCUGUGGUGUGCGUAAUGAGCAGCUAAAGCAUCUGACCGAGCAGCAGAACCUUGCAGUUCAAGAUGCGGUCCUCUCCGAGAGAGACUUUGCUCAGAAGAUGCUUGUGCGUCAGCAAGCUGCAGAGGCCUUCAUAGAGGCCAAAGUGUGUACGUCUUCCGCAGACAAGGGCGUGGUCAGCUUACCACGAGGCACGGAUAGCCCAAUUCCCCGUGUCAUCUGGGUUGUUGUAAAUGGCUUCAUGUACCAGUGCUCGCCAGAAUGCCUCCGGCCCGUUACCGAGGAUGAAGUUGCGUUCAAGCAGCUUGCUCAGCAGUAUCACACCGGCCAUCUGCCGGAAGAACUUGAACAGGCCACCCCCUCGAGAAGAGGGCCGGCUGGUCGCUUUUUCGAUUUGACGGCUGAUCCUCCGACCGCGGAUGAUUUCAUGACGCCUCCCGCCUCUGAUGAAGAGGGCGAACCUUCGCCCGGAGCGUCGCCGCGUGCUGCGGCAUCCGUGCGGUUCAGAGAAGAAGCCGAGCCAUCUGAGACAGGCGUCGAGCGCCCAGCAGAGAAGGCCCCCAGACUGGAUGAUCCUGACGAUCACCUUAGUGAUUAUGAACCGUCUCCAGCUGAUGUUGCUGACUCUGCAAUGGCUGCCCCGCCUGGCACCCCCGAAGGAGCCUGUCCAGAGCCCCCUGACGGCGAUGAUGCCUUAUGUUGCGAAAUUGCUCUGGAUGUGUUUGAUGUUGACCUUGAUUCUAAGGGACAAGGAUUGUGGACUGCUCUAGAGGAGUGUGCUACCGUCGCGGCCCGCCCGGGGCAAAAGCGGCGCGUUGAAGACCGUGAGCGAUUCAGGGGUGCCAUGAAGAAGGAAUGGCAGAGUUGGCUAGAGAACCGAGUCACCAGCAUCGCUAAGAGCAAAGGGGCCCGUCUUGUGCUGGUUGGAUUCCAGGAUCCGGAUUUGGGCGAUAAGUCGGAUCGUCAGUUGUACUUUCGUCCCCCUCCAGAGGUCCGAGAGCUGAUGAACCUUAGCGAGGACGAUGUCCUGCGGCUUGAAAAGGCAGCUUAUGGAUUAGCGGAAGCACCUCGCGCCUGGUUCUUGAGAUUGUCUAGGGAACUGGUUGCAGUCGGACUGAUUGUGUCCCAACUUGACCCCUGCGUAUUCUGCCUCCGGUGCUCUUCCACUUCCGAUCUGUUGGGAAUCUGCGGGGUGCAUGUCGACGAUCUGCUAGGUGGUGGUACUAGUGUAAUGGACCAGUGCUUGGAGAAACUCAAGCUAAAACUGCCAUUCGGGGAUUUUCGUCGCAAGACCAUAAAAUACACCGGUGCGGAAAUCCGACAGCACCCCGACCACACCAUUGAGGUCACUCAAGAGGCGUAUGUCGACAAGCUUGAAGAGGUUAGCACAAAGCCCUUUGGAAAGGCCUCCGAUCCGCUAAAUGAACCGACCUUGAUGCGUGCAUGCUGUGGUCAGCUGGCUUGGGUCGCCAACCACAGCCGCCCCGAUCAGGCCUUCUUAGCCUCUUACCUGCAGGGUGUUCAGGAUAAAGCCUUGGUGUCCCACCUUGAGUUGUACAACAAGUCGGUCAGAGAGAUGAAGGCCCGACGGAUUUCGCUUCGUUUUCCUCCGGUGCCGCUUGAACGCUGGUCAGCCUGCAGUAGUGCCCUGGCUAUGGAAAAACGUCUUGCCAUUGACUAUGCAAUUGCCCGGGCGUGCCUUCAGGAGCGUCAUGUUUUGCCGUUUUGGACGAACAACCUUCAGAUGAUCUCCGAUUGCUUGACCAAGCUCCGAGGGAACAAAGAUAUCCUGUACCGUGUCCUCGACACGUGCACCUUCCAUGUGAGACCCAGUAAGGAGUCAGGGCGCAAGGAGGCUGCCCGCACGAAGGUGCAGCCAUAG